AGCUAUCGAGUUUGAUUUUGCUUGUUUCAUCAUGAUGCCACCCCUAUCCACCUUAAAACAGUUCUUUGGUAUAGUUACAUUAUUGAAACAGGAGUCCGUGUUUAUGUGAGCGGCAUUCAGUAUUUGCGUGACAUUCAGUGUUUAUAUGAACGACAUUCAGUGCUUGAGCGACAUUCAGUGUUUGUGUAACAUUCAGUGUUUAUGUGACAUUCAAUGUUUGUGUAACAUUCAGUGUUUAUGUGACAUUCAAUGUUUGUGUGACAUUCAGUGUUUAUGUGAGCGACAUUCAGUGUUUGUGUGAUAUUCAAUGUUGACAUUCAGUGCUUGAGCGACAUUCAGUGUUUGUGUGACAUUCAGUGUUUGUGUGACAUUCAGUGUUUAUAUGAGCGACAUUCAGUGCUUACGUGACAUUCAGUGUUUAUGUGAGUAACAUUCACUGUUUAUGUGACAUUCAGUGUUUAUAUGAGCGACAUUCAGUGUUUGUGUGAGCGAUAUUCAUUGUUUAUGUGAGUGACAUUAAGUGUUUGUGUGACAUUCAUUGUUUAUGUGAGCGACGUUCAGUGUUUAUGUGAGCGACAUUCAUUGUUUAUGUAAUUGACAUUCAGUGUUUAUGUGACAUUCAGUGUUUAUGUGAGUGACAUUCAGUGUUUAUGUGAGUGACAUUCAGUGCUUGUGUGACAUUCAGUGUUUAUGUGAGUGACAUUCAGUGUUUGUGUGACAUUCAGUGUUUAUGUGAGCGACAUUCAAUGUUUGUGUGACAUUCAGUGUUUAUGUAAGUGACAUUCAGUUUUUAUGUGAGUGACAUUCAGUGCUUGUGUGACAUUCAGUGUUUAUGUGAUAUUCAGUGUUUAUGUGAGCGACAUUCAGUCUUUAUGUGAGCGACAUUCAGUGUUUAUGUGAGCGACAUUCAGUGUUUAUGUGAGUGACAUUCAGUGUUUAUGUGAGUGACAUUCAGUUUUUAUGUGACAUUCAGUGUUUAUGUGAGCAACAUUCACUGUUUAUGUGACACUCAGUGUUUAUGUGAGCGACAUUCAUUGUUUAUGUAAUUGACAUUCAGUGUUUAUGUGACAUUCAGUGUUUAUGUGAGCAACAUUCACUGUUUAUGUGACAUUCAGUGUUUAUGUGAGUGACAUUCAGUGUUUAUGUGAGUGACAUUCAGUGCUUGUGUGACAUUCAGUGUUUAUGUGAGUGACAUUCAGUGCUUGUGUGACAUUCAGUGUUUAUGUGAUAUUCAGUGUUUGUGUGAGCGACAUUCGGUCUUUAUGUGAGCGACAUUCAAUGUUUAUGUGAGCGACAAUCUGUGAUGACAUACGAUACUCCAGUACUAAACCUCAAAAGUUGAAAUCGUUUUACUUUCUCUAGCGUUUUAUACCAACCCUGUCACGGCGAUCAAUUACAGAGGUAUUUACAUUCAAUUAUUGAGUGUACAGCGCUUUGAUUUCGCGUGAUUACUGUGUGAACACAAUUUCACUUCGUAUUGACUUUGUAUUGCGCCGCAUUCAUUGUGGUAAAUCAAGCCUGUUUGAUCACCUGUGACGUGAUGAGGCGGCCCAAAAAAUCAUAAUUGGAAUUGACAAAACGCCCCACUUUGCUAACUUUUUUUUUUCAAUGGUCGGGUUUUGAACGCAAAACUGUCACUUUGUAACUUACCACGAUUUAACAAUUCUGUGAAACAAUUAAUAUACAUGCAUUUAUAUAUCAUGGGGUACAUUGUACAGUGUAUGUUGUGUAGGUACUAGAGGGUACAUUUUAUGUUGUGUAGGUACUAGAGGGUACAUUGUAUGUUGUGUAGAUACCAGUGAAAGGUACAGACUCCAAAACACCUCAUAUCCUGCAUUCGUCAUAUGAUUAAUCACUGUCCAGUGCGUACCAUAAACACUUGCUGCCAUGCCAGGAUUCAACCUGAACCCAACACACCCAAUAAACAUUAGCGCUAGAGGUAUGGGUAGCUGGGACUGAAACCCACCACACCCGAUAAACAUUAGCGCUAGAGGUCAGGGUAGCUGGGACUGAAACCCACCACACCCGAUAAACAUUAGCGCUAAAGGUUUCGGUAGCUGGGAUUCAAAUCCACCGCUCCCGAUAAACAGUAGCACUAGAGGUUUCGGUAGCUGGAACUCAAACCCAACACACCCGAUAAACAUUAGUGCUAGGAUCUAGGUAGCUGGAACUCAAACCCACCACACCCGAUAAACAUUAGCGCUAGGGUCUAGGUAGUUAUUGACAAUCUGCCUGACGCACACGCAGCUGCCUUGUUUACCUUGCUAAUUAAUCCGAUAAGAUGUGACUUGGAAAUAAUAAAUCGUCCCCCUAUACUUUUUAGUCCUGAUUAUUGAGUUCAUCUCUGAAUAUACAAUUUGAUUGAUACUUAUUUCAUAUUGAAAGACAAUGACGCUUGCUCUUUCUGUGACACAUGAUUGAUGCCUUACUUCCACUGAGAUAUUUUUUAUACGAUCCAUAAAUUUAUUCAUCAAAUUAUGCCAAUACAUGAUUGUUUACUAGAUACUGACUCAACAUAGACAACACGGUCAUUUUCGUCAAAUAUUUUUAUUUUAAUUACAAAACUGGGGGUAAAAUGUAUAUAUAAUGAUUAUUAAUCAUUACACUUUGUAAUCCUGUGCAUGUUGAGUCACAGAUCAGGUUGACCUUCUGAAUGCUGAAUGACUACGAAGUCUUUGAUGUGAAUUGCGAGUGACCGCCCUCGGGAGGAUGCCUAAAUGAUCCAGUCAUGACAUUUAAAAUAUGAUUCUAGUCCUCAAAAUAUUCCUAAUGUUGAUCUUGGUUGAACUCCGUUCUAGGAAUAUUAUAACAACAUUCUAAGAGCACACGAAAAGAAACAACUGUAUAUAUAUCUAACAGAUCUUGCGAAAUGAAUGGCGUUCUAGUACCAUCCAUAAGGACGAUUAAGAAAACUUCUAACACAAACUCUUCACGGUCUUCUUAUCUUCUGUUAGAAAAUCAAAUUUUGGCCCUGGCCGAUUUUAGUAGUUUCUGUUUUCUAUCAAGACCUCUUGACUUCAUUUGUCCACCUUCGUGUAUAAAAACAACUACACUGUAAUUUUAGUGUAUGAAUACAACAUUCAAUAUAGACAAGAGUGAUAAUCAUUGGUGUACAAGGCAGAACAUCACAUUAGUAUUUUUUAAUGAACAUUUCAUGUUUUCUGGCCCGUCUGAGACGUGGGUUUGACAGUUGUGGUCAUUUCUAGGCGGAUCUUGUGCUAUGUAUAUCGUCCACACAGACACAGGGCCAGUCCUCAGUAAUGUAGUGACCCCCGGGGCAGCAUGGGCCUAUUGUUUAUAGUGUGUUCGUACACAGCACACAUUACGUGGAAUCAUUGUCCACGUACAAAAAUGACAGUCCUCGGCAGAUGGUCUGGUAGCAUGGACACCGUUGCUUUGGAGAUCAUUUAGUCGUAAUAAUUGUAUGUCUCCCGGAAAAGUGUGAAAAUGCAGACCUGUAGAUGGUAAUGUUAUAGUUCGUAUUGAUUCUACAAGAGGAUUAUAUUCUUCACAGAAAAUUUGACGUUUAUGACGGAUAUUUACGUACAACUGACCUGUAGGGUCGCAGCGCAUGCAUUCCUAACUUUGGUAUAUUCAAUCGACCGAAAACACGGAACAGUGAAUUAACGCGUGUUGGAGUGUGAAGAUGGCUUUCAUUAAUUCUGGAGGUUUAAUUUUAUCGUUAUGAAAAUUGGAUUUAAAAAUCGUAUCAACAUCCUUCAUCUUAACUGAGUGUUUUUAUGUAUAUGUUAAUGUCGUAGUUUUUUGUUGUUUUUUUUUUUUACUACUGACUGGAUUUACGUGAGACUUAAAUAUAAUUAGCAAAACAGAAGUUGUAAGCCAGUUAUAGUAAGUUGAACGUCUUAGCGGGGAGGGCGUGUGGUUACAGUUUGAGUGACAGUUGUACUGUCAUCAGAAGCGGGCCGGUGUUACGGGAGCAUGGUCCUAGAGUCGGACGGUGUUUCUGUGAGACAGGAGAAAAUAGGGACACCGCUAUGAAGUUGAAGUACCGGAUGCUGGGAUCUAUCGCGGGUUUGUCGUUUCUGUGCUCAUGUAUUUACUUAUUAAACACUUUGCCAAAAUUCAUAGAGUUCAACAACACAUCAUACCGUGUCCGGAAACUUGUUCCUAGGAUUAUUGACUCGGACGCUCAUUUUUCGGCGCUGAGGAAAAGAUUAAACAAGAGUAAUUAUACGAGCGAUGAAUUCAGUCCGGAGACGGGGGACAUUGAGAGGGGACGGUCCGGAGGGAGAGAGGACUGGGAAAUUCACGAGGAAACACCCGCCAAAUUCACGGACGAGGACGUUGACGCCAUGAUGGAUAAGCUGGGUAGAACCUUCCCUAAACUAUUUGACAUAGAGGAAUUAAGAGUGACUCCGUACGACACGGUGCUUUGGAAUAUUAAGAAACGAAAUCGGAAAAAGGGGAUUUAUUUACCGGGUUAUGCCAAUCUGGAGGAAGAAUGGGGCGGAUCUACCAAUUGGGGGAAAUUUCAGAGGGGUAUUAAUCAGUAUUAUAUGUAUGACCCCGAUGACCCCGCCGUGGACGGUGUCCUAACGGACAUGGAAACAGAGACUGUCAUUGACGUUGAGCAGAAAGAGGGCGGGACACAGCUCAAGUUGAUUAUAACUCUGCAGGACGAGGGACAAGCACUCUUUAAACCAAUGAGAUUUCCACGAGAAGUUGAGACUUUGCCAAAUCACUUUUACUUCAGUGACUAUGAGCGCCAUUAUGCGGAAGUAGGAGCCUACCACUUAGAUAGGAUUCUGGCCUUCCACAGAGUCCCACCAGUAGCGGGCAGGCGAUUCAACAUUACCUACGAGAUCAAAAGGCUGGCCGAUCGAAAACUCGCUAAAACUUUCUUCAUCUCGCCGGCCAACAACGUGUGUUUCCAUGGUGUAUGUUCGUACUACUGUGACACGGGUCACGCGAUCUGUGGUAACCCGGACACCGUGGAGGCUUCCCUGGCCACAUUCUUACCCCCGGAGAAAAUAGGUAGGAGGAAGACAUGGAGGAACCCGUGGAAGAGGUCAUACAGCAAGCACCGCAAGGCAUACUGGGAAGUCUAUGAUGACCUUUGUGACAAGGUCAGAACCAAGCCCCCGUAUAACAACGAACGAAGACUUCAAGAUCUCAUAGAUAUGCAUAUAUUUGACUUCUUAACAGGAAAUCUUGAUCGCCAUCAUUAUGAAACAUUCCGAGAUUUCGGAAACGUCACGUUUCACAUGCACUUAGAUAACGGACGAGCAUUUGGUAAAUCCAAGAAAGACGACCUGUCCAUUUUGGCGCCUUUGUACCAAUGUUGUGUUAUAAGAUAUUCUACAUUCAUCAAGCUGUCUAAAUUUUACUUAGGACCAGAAAAAAUGAGUAAUCUUCUAAGGAAAUCAUUAAACAAGGACCCUAUUCGCCCAGUUCUUCUAGAGCCUCACUUGAUAGCAUUAGACAGACGGGUCGUGCUAAUCUUAAAGGAAAUCGCUAAAUGUCUCGAAAAAGGGCUAGAAGUCAGUGAUGUCAUAGUUGACGACUUUUUCUAGGAAUCUUGAGAAUACUGGUACCAACAGGCUUUAAUGGACGGUGGGCACGGAGAGAGAGAAAACUUAUUGCCAUAUUCCGUAGCGGUACCAAUCAACAGUCCAGAACAAGUCUUGGAGCGUUAUAUAGUGCUUAUCUUGAUAUCAGCGUCUUUCGUUAUGUCGCCAAGUGAAAACACACAAACCGAAGAAUGUCUCCGACUUCUACAAACAAAAAACAAGGGAAAAGAGCACGAUUUAGUUUCAAACAAUUAUCCUCACGAAUUAUAUAAUUAUACCUUCGUGUUUUAGUUUACCAAGUUAGGAACUCUUUUUAGUGAUUGAUCAUCUUUGAACACCAAGUAAUGCGCACGCAAUCAAAGACAUGAACUAAGCAAAGGCUAAGUGAUCGAUCAAAAUUUAUACGACGUGCAUUUCUUGAAUGAAGUUACAUGUACUCGCAUACAGACUUAAGCAUGUCAUUUCAACGUGAUAUAUAUUUUUACGAAGUUAUGAAGACGUGCAAAUGUAUUCAAGGAUGACAUGGAGUGGUGAAAAUAGUGUUCAUAUUGAACGUCCUAUAAAACCAGCAUUUAUUUUCGCCACAGAAGAUACGUGUCAUAUCUAAAAGAACCAUCACCAGAAACUAUUCUAUUUGGAGACAUUUUAGAGCGAGGUUACCUGUCUAUCUCAUAUUUUGGUGCUAAAUUUUGUUAAAUUGCUAAUCUCAUGGCAAAUAUUUAUGUGGGAGGUUGUAGUGAACCUUUCUGAAGCAUUGAUUUGCUUUUGUUUACUAAAGCAUUGAUUUGCUUUUGUUUACUAAAGCAUUGAUUUGCCGUUGUGUACUGCAACAUUGAUUUGCUUUUGUUUACUAAAGCAUUGAUUUUUGCCGUUGUGUACAUGCAACAUUGAUUUGCUUUUGUUUACUAAAGCAUUGAUUUGCCGUUGUGUACUGCAGCAUUGAUUUGCUUUUGUUUACUAAAGCAUUGCUUUGCUGUUAAUGUUGACAAACGGUAAAGUUCAGCGUAUAAAAGUACAGAACGACUAUGAAAUUAAAAGAAUAAAUUACUAUGGAGAAUGAAACGCCCCGCCCCGCCCCCCCCCCCUUUUUUUUUUCUUGAGUGGAGGAAUUUCAAAAUCAUGACUGACAAUCGGUACCCGUUAUCAAACUGGUAUUUCUGUAAUGGUUCGUGCCAAAAGUGACCGAAGAGUCAAGUUUUGACAGGUGAGCAUAGUUAACAAUGGAAUCCUGGACUCAAUGAACUACAUUCUGCGGAGGAACACAUUCCUGUCUUAUUUAAAGUCGUUCUAGUCACAUUCCAUGCGAUGCCUUACAGUAUCACGAUUUAUCACUGUGUGUAUGCGUGUGUGUGCAUUUGUAUAUUCUGCAUGUAUUUAAAGAAAUGUGUGAAUAGAGAUUACUAUCGUGCGACUGGUGCAGUUUUUAUCGUAACUAUUUUGUCUAAUGUACGUUAUUUGUUGAUGAGUGAUGAAUGUAAAUAAAUGGUUUGAAAUGGAGAA